GUUUGUUUUCAACGUAUCUAACAGUUGCAGCACAAGCUGUGAAUGAGACUGCUGGGUCCUCGACAGGUCUUGCUCGCUCGCCUUCAACAGUUCUCUGGCAAUUGCCGGGGACGGGAUUGCGCGCGCUAGGUGGGUGGGCUGUCCAUGCGCUCAGCGGCUGCGACUCAGAUUCAUCUCCCUUAUCACAUGAACACCGCGGCUCUCUUAUAUUUGUGAGAAUGGAUCAUUCGGAUCGUUACGACCGUCACUCAGCUUCCGCUGCUUGUCGCGGCUGGAGCGACCCCCUGGCUGUCAAUGGAUCAAAGCGCUGAUGGUAAUGUUACGGUCAAAGACUCGCCAUUGUUUGGGAAGGCCGCCUAUGCCGCUCGCACGUUUCUGCCUGGGACGAUUGUUCUGGAUGAAGCACCGCUCUUUGCUGUGACGUACGAUAUGAAGGCUCCCAUCAGCAAGAAGCUGAUCAGGGAAGCCAAUGCGACAUGGGGGAAGACAUAUCGCAAAGAAGCCGCGCACGGUGGUGUCGUUGACGGAAGGGAGUUGAUCUGGGUCCUGGAGUUGUGCAAAGCGGACGACAAAAUCAGGCAAAGAGUGCUUGAUUGUUGCAACGUCCCUGAUCUGUCUCAGUCCAACGUUCGUGGAGCUACGUGUAUCAGGCAGGCUGAGAAUGCUGCGACAACUCUCAAGCGCCUGGCUGGACACGGCGGGCAGUACGAGUGUGUCAAGAGCUUUACACAUGCUGAAUUGCUGCGAAUGCCGUUGAUCUUAGCCAUCAACGGUCAUGCCUUUGGAUCGGACGGAAGUGCUGUCUUCGAACUCGGAUCAAAGCUCACGCACACUUGCGGAUCUCCCAACACGGAGUACUCUUACUCUCUUACAGAGAACCGUGGUCGACAUAUCGCUUUGCGCCGCAUCCAGGAAGGGGAAUUGCUAACGACCCGUUAUCUGGCCGGACCCGUUGAGAUGAUGAGUGCGCCUUUACGUCAGGGUAUCCUAUGGCAAACCAAGGCUUUCUGCUGUGUUUGCUGCAAAUGCACACAUGAACCAGACUACGCACGCGGUUUUCCAUGUUCAGCAUGUACAGGCGCCUGGCUCAACCCAGGAAGUCCGGAAGAAAUGAUGCUCUUGCCUAUGGAUAUCCGACCUGAAGUCGUUUACUCGGACUCGGCACUCAUGAAGGAGGGACAUCCAAACCCCUGGUCAUGUCCUUCUUGCAAGAUGAGGUAUAAAUACCCGGUGCCUAACAUCUUCCUGGAGAAGAAAAUGGAAGAAGCAGCUGAGUCGCUUGUGGUCGAUACGGAGGAGGACCUACCAGCACUGGGCGUGGAUGGAGUUCACAAGCGGUACGCUAUGGUUGCACGGAUCCUCGGUCCAGGUCAUGGGGCUUCGACUCGUAUGCUGUGGGCAUUCGCUGAGGCCUGCUAUCUGAAGUUGACAGCACUUGGCAAGCGAAAGAUACCCGGCGAGAUUGGGCGAAGGGCCGCCAUGGCCGCCGUCGAUGAGAUCGCCGAAACUGCACAAAAGUUGUGGUCAUGGACUGUACAGCGCUACACUCAAGAAAUCGCCAGUGAGAUCUUCGUGAGGGCGUUUACGAAAUGGGCAGCUGCAAUGACAAGCAUCGCAGACGAAUCACAAUUCGGCGGCAAAGAUGCCGGGCUGAAGAGAAAGUGUGUCUUUGUAGCCAGGGAUUUGAUUGAAAAGGUCAGACCUGCAAUUGCUGGACGGAAAGGAUGGCCGAUUGAACAUGAAUAUGCGGAAUCCUUCGAUCAUGUCGAUUCCACGAUAUUAAGGCUCGAACGCGAAAUGGGCGCGAAUAAGAUCAAGAGAGUAGGAACGGAUUUAAUGAAGGUUACGUCAAGUGGACUCGGUUUUGGGAAGAGGUCAACUGGAUGAUAUCAAUAUCUGACGGCAGAGGCUUAGGGUGGUCGGAGAUGGGCGGCGUUGUGUAAUUCACUAUACCCACGUAUAUCUAGACAACGAGGAAGAAGAAACACGAGAUAAUCAACCACGAUAUUCCUCAAUUACAGCAAUCAAUUGUACCCUUCUCUUGCUGGCUUCUGCACACCUCAGGGUUUCCUUGACCCUAAAAAU